CGUUGAUGUCUAUCGAAGCAACACUAGAACCCAUACAUAUUUAAAAUAAAAAAAAAUAUAAUUUUCUUUUGAAAAGUUGUCAACAUGGCGCGUGCACCACCGACUGCUGGUAAAAAGGAAAAAAAAGAGAAGAAACCGCCUAAAGACAAAUCUAAAAAUGUUAUGAGAAAUCUUCAUAUACGAAAACUAUGCCUGAACAUCUGUGUAGGAGAGUCUGGUGACAGGCUAACUCGUGCUGCUAAGGUGUUGGAACAACUUACUGGUCAACAACCUGUAUUUUCAAAGGCCCGUUAUACUGUGCGUUCUUUUGGAAUACGUCGUAAUGAAAAGAUUGCUGUCCAUUGUACCGUGCGGGGUGCUAAAGCAGAGGAAAUCCUUGAAAGAGGUCUGAAGGUCAGAGAAUAUGAGUUGAGACGUGACAACUUUUCAGCCACUGGUAACUUUGGCUUUGGUAUUCAAGAACACAUUGACUUGGGUAUUAAAUAUGACCCAUCCAUUGGUAUUUACGGUUUGGACUUCUAUGUUGUUCUUGGACGACCAGGUUUCAAUGUCGCACACAGAAGACGUAAGACGGGCAAAGUUGGGUUCGCUCAUCGUUUGACAAAAGAAGAUGCCAUGAAGUGGUUCCAACAGAAAUACGAUGGUAUCAUUCUUAACAGCAAAAAGUAAAUUAAGUAAAAAAAUAUAUGUAUAAAUAUAU